UUGUCACAGUUAAGAAUGGCUUCUCACAAGCUGUUCUCCACCAUCAUUGCUCUUCUUCUUGUCUUUGGAGUUCAUGGUGGUGUUGCUAACCCUAAUGAUUGCUAUAUCAAUGCUAUUUAUAGCCUUGGUGAUUCGAUAGCUGAUACCGGUAACCUUCUUCAUCUCGGCGUCAGUGGCUCUUUCAAUGUAAUUGGUAGCUUCCCUUAUGGUCAGACUAUCCAUAAGGCCACCGGCCGGUGCUCCGACGGUCUUCUCAUGAUCGACUUCCUUGCCAACAACCUUAAUCUUCCACUGCUCAACCCUUACUUAGACAAGGAAGCGAACUUUGAGCACGGUGCAAACUUCGCCGUCGCCGGAGCCACCGCUCUCGAUACCUCUGUCUUGGCACAGAGAGGAAUUCAUAUGGGUUUCACUAAUGCAUCUCUCAGUGUUCAGCUUGACUGGCUCAAAACUCAUCUCAAUUCCACUUGCUCUUCCAAAGAAGCUUGUCAGAAGAAGCUUGAGAGAACAUUGUUCACUUUGGGGGAAAUCGGAGGCAAUGAUUAUAACUAUGCAUUCUUUGGAGCAAAAUCGAUCGAUCAAUUGAUGAACUUAGUUCCUCUUGUUGUCCAAAAGAUAACAGAUACAGCAAAGGAGUUGAUCGAAAUGGGAGCUGUACACAUAGUAGUUCCGGGGAACUUUCCGAUCGGGUGUAUGCCGAGUUACCUCGCAACAUUUGGUCAGUUAGUCGGGAAAAAUGCCGGAGCAUUCGAUGAGCUAAAAUGCCUGAAAAGCCUAAACAUCUUCUCCAUGUUCCACAAUGAGAGACUCCAAGCUUCACUUGCUGAACUUAGACAUGUAUAUCCUGAUGUUCAGAUAAUGUAUGCAGAUUACUACCAUGCAUUCUUGCACAUCCUUGAAAAUGCUCCAUUAUAUGGAUUUAAUGAGAAUUCAUUGAGGAGUGCUUGUUGUGGAGCUGGAGGAGAAUAUAACUUUGAUGCAACUAAGAUUUGUGGUGCACCAGGGACAAGUACUUGUAAGAACCCAAAAGAUCAUAUAAGUUGGGAUGGAAUACAUUUAACUCAAGAGGCUUAUAAAGUCAUGACUCAAGCACUGAUUAAUGGUGGAUUUACUUAUCCUAAUUAUGGAGUUAAUAAGUUGUGGAAAUGUUAGAUUAUAUUAUUUUUAUAUAUUAGUUAGGAUUAAUAGGUAGUUU